AUGGAGGCAUUCAAUCUUUCAAAUCCGAACAGCCAGAGCUUUGAUGAAGUAUUAGAGAAACUCAAACAAAGCAUGAAAGCUGCGCGUAGUGGCGGUUGGAUCGACAGUGAUAGUGGGAGCGAACUCGAGAUUGCCUUGGAGCAUUCUCCACAUGGUGGACAGGUGCCAGGCCACCCCAGUCGGAAUGGAAGCGUGCCUCGACCGAUCAACAACCAUCAGCAUUCGCUUUAUAUCAAGGAUGGUGUCCCAGGUCGGCGAGGAGACUUGGAAGACAAGCCGCACGCGAAUCUGAAUCCCAUCACCGCACCACUCUCAGGCAACCAAAAACCUAUCAACCCACGAGUUGUAGACGUCGCCCAUCCAAAGACGCAUCCACUGACAAUUGCGUCGUUGAACAACCAUUUGAUCAGCCACUCCACGUCCUCCAGCUCCCAAGAGCCGCGUCAUUCGCCACUUUUUGAUACGCCGAACAGUCCCUACGUUCCUCGCACGCCUUCAACACCUGUCUCUGCCGGAACCUCAUCUGGAUCCCCCUACGUGCGCCACCACUUCAAGUGGGAGUAUCUGCCUUCGUCCACCAUUUCUGAAGGAGCCCACCAGUCUGGUUGUCAGCCACGUUUCGUGGAAUCGUCAUCUCCGCCACACAACAUCAAUUUCGAUGAGACUUAUUGGCAGAAGGGUUUUAAUCAGAAGGAAUCCACGUAUCCCACAGAAGCAUCCCCAUUUCACAAUGAAGCACGUCACGCUUUCCAAAGACAUGUCAAUGCUUCUAGCAAUUUCACCUUCGCUACCCAUAAUGGUCGCCGAACAGUAAGCUAUUCGCCGGUGCAUUCCAAGUCCCAAUCGCCUUCUCAGCAAGGUAUUGGAUCUGGACACAACAGUUGUACGACUGCCACCGAACUCUCCUCUUCCAGCAUGGAGUUCCUGAAUCGGCCCCCACCCGAUACAACGCACAAGCCAUGGGUUAUGCCAGCACCGCCUCAUGACUCCAAGUCAUUCAAUCUGAACGCCAUUAAUCCCGCUUCAGUCUCAUCAGUCCCAUUCUCCCUAGCUCCAGCAGCCCCUGUCCGAUUUUCGGCACCCGAGGUAGAUCAUCAGCUGAAAGCAAACAGCCUUGCUAGGCAAGCGAGCUCUCACUCUCCGGUGAGAGAGAGUGAUGCGGCAAUCUCUUCUCGUGAUGCAAAUCCCGCCAAUGGCCAGUCGGUGUUACCAGCUUCAGCCAGUUCGGCAUUUUUGAAACACUCAGCAGAAGAACGUGAAAAGCAGGCGAUAAGGGCUAGAUUGAUGGGCUCAUCGAGCAUUGACAACUUUCAAACCCGAUUGCAGAGUUUCAACAAACCUUUUGGACACGCUUCUCAAUCCGCGGAUAGCGGUCAUCUCAGUCAAGUUGUUAAUCUUCCUCACUUGUUCCAACAAUUACGGUUUCCUCACUCUACUCAGCCAAUCUCGGCCGCUCCGAUCCGCGCCCACUCAGCCAGCGAAAGCUCUUCGUUGAGAUCCAUCUCAGCCACGUACCCGAUUAACCACAGUUAUGGCAGUCCAAUCUUCUACAGCAGCAACCCUCAUGGCCCAGUUAGCAGAACUAGCCCUUUUACUGGUGCAUCUCUCGCUUCGUCACCUAACAAUGCUUCUCAAAUCUCGCAGCUGUCUCCCAAGUCACCCCUUACACCGAUUGGAUUUGGAGUAAACGGUCAUCUGCAUACCCCCAAUCUUAGUGUCCCUUACUCACCAACCCCCUCAGUCAACAAAUCGUCAUUUAUUCCCGUUAUCGUCCCGGCUGUUCCCGGUAUUGGUGGUCCUGUGACUACGCCUCUCCCUGGACAGGUUCAACCUGAGGAAGUCAGGAAAAGCGUCAAAACGCAACCCCCGGUUGUUAAUACGGGCAACUCGGGUGCCAUGGUUCCACAGCCUGGUGAUUGGAUGUGCAUAUGUGGAUUCGUUAAUUGGAGACGCCGUAAAGUAUGCAUGAGGUGUUUCCCCUUCGCAGAUGGAAACGAUUCAGUUGGUGCCAUGAUGGCGCUGAAUGCCCAAAGAGCUGCCUUGCUGGCCGCUGGCGUUCAACUGCCCAAAGAACAGCCUAUGGGCACUCAAGCGAUAUCUAACCCCUCGCCACCAAUGUUUCAACGACCACCAAUCCCAUCUUUUCAAGAGCCUGUCCACCAGUCCGCUGACCAGCAACCCUCUUUUGGUCAAGCAUUUAACGGGCCCGACUCUGCGUUCAACACCUACCCGAGGUCUUCGGAGCCAGCGGGAAGGUUGAACUCGCAACCGCAACGAGUGGGUUUGAACCCAUUCGAUAAGCCCUCGUCUCUGGGCCCGAUUAGUCCAACCCCGGGCAUCAACCUAAAUCGCUCACCUGAUGGCGCUCAACAAAUUUACCUUGAAGUAACUCCGCAAGAGCCUAUCAAGCGAGAGCUUGAGGUCCCAUCCACAAUCAGCCAUCCCGACAAAGGCAGCAAGUCCCUUCGAGCUAGACUUGUAGCACCAGGUGAAGAACAACAGCUCGAGCCCAACGGUUGGGACGAUGUUCUUCCUAAAUCACCCCGCCCUCGAAGUUUCUCUGUGGGAGAUAAAAGCGUCUGGGAGCCCAAUGAGAAAAUGGGACAUGUCGGUGGAAUGAAGGCGCAGGGCGUGAACAAUUCUCAAAAACUAGAAAAUAAUCCUAUCGAAGAGGAAACCAAUGGACUUGCAGGAUCGGAAGAAGCCUCAGCAGGGAGUCAAGUUGGUAGUGGCCGACUGGUCCCGCAUCAUAGGCAGCAGGAACUUCAUACCAUCAAUAACAACGGGAGCACUGUAAAUCGACAGCGAACGACUACUAGUCCCACUUCUUCGUGGCAGGCAAUCAAGGCCCUGUGGCAGUAA